AUGUCGCCCGAGCUAGAUUUCACCGCACUAGACUGGUUAUAUCCGCCAUCCCUUGAACCAGAUAUCACUCUCGCGGAACGAUUGGAGUAUCUCGCCUAUUUCACCUCGGCACGAGGCAUGGCGACGUUUCUUGAUCGGGAGACACUGCGACGGAAACAAGAUAUGAUUUCUGAAUACUACAACACAAUAGCGAGCACUAUCAACGAGGAAGAAUACGAUGAUAACCUUCUCCCCAAAUCUACCGAGAUCAUCAGCUGCCUAAAAUCUACCGUCACUACCGACAUAUCCACAAUCGUUACAGCAUCCAUUCCAUCCUGGACGCCGGAAACAAACCACGCAGCUGUAGAAUUCUUCUCUGCGCCUAGCAUCCGCCGUUUCCUAACAUUUUUCUGGGCUCUUUGGUAUCCAAACUGUCCUAUUGUACAUCGUCCGUUCUUCAACCCCGCCAAUUCCUCACCAGCACUACUAGCCGUCAUGGUUAUUAUUGGGGCGUGCAUGUCGCCAAACGAAGAGGACGGAAAACGAGCAAGAAAAUGGAUUGAUCCGGUUGAGGUCCUCACGUUUCGGCAGGAGUGGUUUACUUAUGCAGAACAUUCACCUGAACCUGGGGACGGGAAAUGGAAGAAGAGGUUGCAGUGCAUUCAAACGGCAUACUUAGUCUGCUCGUUACAGAAGCGCGAAGGCUCGAUUGAGGCGCAGGGGAGGGUGCGACGGUAUCGACACGCGAUGAUGGUUUCUCUCGCGAGAGAAAUCGGACUGUCAACAGGGACUCACCCACGAAGCCCUCCAACGCAAGCAUCCGACGGAUGGUGGAGACGGUUUGCUGCUGAAGAGGAAAUGGUCAGAACCCUGACAUACGUUUUUCUCUUCGACGCCGCCCUCACAAUCUUUCACAAUUCUCCUCCGCGCAUGGUCGUCUCCGAACUACAAAUGGAUAUGGCUUGUCCGGAAGCCUGUUUCCAGGCUGAAUCUGCUGAGGAGUGCUUAUUUGAGCUGAAGAAAUGGUCGAAUAGCGUGUUCUGGCGCGAGAGGUCAUCAGUGGCUUCUGUGGUUCGGAGGAUGUGUCAACCUCAACCCCAAGUUCAAGCAUCGGAAGAACAAGAACCAGUUCUGGGAUUCUCACAGAUGGGAACGUUGAACCUCUUUACUACAGUCCAAUGCCUCCACUCCCUAAUUUUCCACCUCAAAAACUCCCUCAUAACUCUUCCCUCCCCAUACACCCCGCUCCAAACCGGCCUCGAAAACUGGCGCCUCACAUGGAACAAGCGAGUACCAGAAGAUUCGCAUAUCCCGCAUCGUCCAGACACGUUGUGGAAACAGAUUGGUUUUGCGCGAUAUGCGCCGGAGUUUUGGCAGUUGGCGCGGAUUUUGGUUAUGAGGUUGGCUUGUUCUUCUGAGUCUUUGGAUGGAGGAGAGGGGGAGGAGAAUGGGUUAGAGUUGGGGAUAUAUGGGAACGGCGACAGGGAGAGAAGGGCAGGGGAGAGGUAUGAUCAUACGGAUAUGGAGGAUGUUAAUGGGUUGAUUGAGGAGUAUAGGAGGAUGAGUUUGGGGACUUGUAUGUGA